AUGACAGUACCCCGGCUAAAUGAUUAUACCGAAUGUAUUUUAGCGUUUUCCAUGUGGGUCCUCUCAAAAACUCUUCUUGCCAUUGACUAUGUUCGUUAUAUUAUGGAUACCUGUGAAAACGUACUUGUAAUACCACCUGUCGAUAUUCAAUAUAACAAUCUUCUUACAAGCCCAUUUCAAGAAUCAGCCAUACCAAGCAUGGAAAUACACCAACAUGAUGUCGAAGCAAGCGAAACUCUUAAUAUUAUUCAACUGAACAACAAUCAGACGGCAAAUGAACUUUGUUUGCCCAAGUAG